GCUGACGUCACGGUUUCCCUGGCAACAAAAGUUCACAGCUGUUCUCCCAAGAGGCAUGGUUAGAAAUAUUUUAAUCCACUCACCCUGAGCAAGGGCCACAACAACAACAUCUGAGGAAAACAUGGGCCUGUUGUCCAUUCUUCGGAGGCUAAAGCAGUCUCCUGACCAGGAAGUUCGCUUACUGUUGCUUGGCUUGGAUAAUUCUGGCAAGACCACUCUGCUAAAACAGCUGGCGGCAGAAGAUGUCAGCCACAUCACCCCCACACAAGGCUUCAAUAUAAAGAGCAUUCAGUCAUCUGGCUUCAAGUUGAAUGUUUGGGACAUUGGAGGUCAGCGAAAGAUCCGUCCCUACUGGAGGAAUUAUUUUGAGAACACAGAUGUGCUGAUCUAUGUGAUUGACAGCUCAGACAGGAAAAGGUUUGAAGAGACGAGUCUGGAACUGGCUGAGUUGCUGGAGGAAGAAAAGCUUGCUGCUGUUCCACUGCUAAUCUUUGCCAACAAGCAGGAUCUAAUGACAGCCUGCCCAGCGUCUGAGCUGGCAGAGAGUCUCAAUCUGCACACUAUCAGGGAUCGCAUGUGGCAGGUCCAGGCCUGCUCAGCAGUCACUGCGGAGGGAGUGCAGGAUGGCAUGACAUGGGUUUGCAGAAAUAUAACGUUUCCGAAGAAAUGAUUCAGAAGGCAAAAGAUCCGUGAAGAAUUGCAGUUGCACUUUACACAUGACUUACUCAGUCAUUUUAUGUCCAGGACAAUUCAGAAUGUGUUACUAUUUUUGUAUUAAUCAAUCACUUUUGUCAUUCUGUCUUCACCUGGCAGUUUAAAAACAUUCUAUAAGUAGAAGUUGUCAGUACAGUGAAUUCUACACACAUUAACCUGUCAAUGCAUACCUUGAAAUGUAUUUCCUAUAUAUUAUGUAUAUACUAUGUAUAAUAUAUCAUGGCAGUUUUAUUCAAACUGCUGUUCUGCACUUUUUUUGUAAUGUGGUGCAUUUAAUGCAAGGGUUUGUAGGGACUGACUGUGAAUAAAAAUUCUGUAUUUUUUGUGGUGGA